UUCAACAGAGCAUCGUCCCAGUCUUGGACGUUCAAUUCAGAUGUAGUAAUCUCCAGGAGGUUGCCGUCUCAUCGCCGCUUUCUUCUCCGACUUGUGCCGUCGAUACGAUCUCCUCCGACCUAUCUCAAUUGGACAUAAUAUCUCCUGAAAGCACGCUUGAGUCUGCUAUUCUGAAAUUUGUCCCUAGCAUUCGUUCUGGUAGCUUUGCAGACAUUGGACCACGAAGGUAUAUGGAAGACCAGCAUAUAAGGAUAGAUGAUUUAUCUGCGCACUUGGGUUCACUUUUCAGGUUUCCUAAGCCAAAUGCCUUCUAUGCGGUAUUUGAUGGUCAUGGAGGGCCUGAAGCUGCAGCUUAUGUUAGAAAAAAUGUACUCAGAUUCUUAUUUGAAGAUGUCAAAUUUCCUCAGACAUCUGAAGUUGAUGAUGCCUUCCUAGUAGAGGUUGAGAGCUCUCUCCGGAAAGCAUUUCUUUUGGCAGACCUGGCUUUGGCUGAUGACUGUAGUGUGAGCAGUUCUUCGGGGACAACAGCACUAACAGCUCUAAUAUUAGGAAGGCGUCUAAUGGUGGCCAAUGCAGGAGAUUGUCGAGCUGUUCUCUGCAGGAAAGGUGAGGCAAUUGAUAUGUCUGAAGACCACAGACCAAAUUACGCAUCGGAACGGAAACGUGUUGAAGAAUUGGGUGGCUAUAUUGAUGAUGGUUAUCUCAAUGGCGUUUUACAAGUAACCCGAGCUUUAGGGGAUUGGGACAUGAAAUUUCCUCGAGGCUCGCACUCACCUCUCAUUGCAGAGCCAGAAUUUCGGCAGGUGGUUCUCACAGAGAAUGAUGAGUUCCUCAUCAUUGGGUGUGAUGGAAUUUGGGAUGUGAUGUCAAGCCAGUACGCGGUUAGCCUUGUGCGCCGUGGGUUGCAGCGACAUGAUGAUCCAGAGCAGUGUGCUAAAGACCUCGUCAUGGAGGCCUUGCGUCUCAACACGUUUGACAAUCUUACUGUUAUUAUUGUUUGUUUCUCUUCCCUUGAACACAUGGAACUGUUGUCGCCACCACGACCACGGAGAGUGAGGUGUUACAGCCUAUCUGCAGAGUCCCUGAGCAGCUUGAGGAGCUUACUGGAUGGCAAUGGAAAUCAUUGAAUGUGCAUGCAAUUUUUCGGAUAAUAAAAAGGCUUCCUUAUCUUGGGAGGGUAUGUAAGCUGUUUGUGGCUGCUUCAGCUGGAUAGGGGAAUAAUAAUCUAGAAAAAGCAGCUCGCAGUUUUGUAGGGAAUCUAUCUUCUUCUCAGCUUUCUGCUUGGCUGGGCUUCUAGGUUCAUGUACAUAACACAAUGGUGCAGGUGACCUAUGUUAGCGGAUUAGAAUUGAUUUUUAGAGAUUUUUAAUCGUGUAAGUUGCCAUUGUUUGUUCAGCUAAUAGUCAUGUGGCCCUGCCCUCCUCCGUCCACGUGUAUGUCUCAUCUAUUGGCUUGUGUACAUAUGACAUUUUUAAAUUAAAUAAAAUAUAUCUUCCCCUCUUCCUGCCAA